GGCGGGAGCGGCGAGCAGCGGCCACGCGGGGCCGGCCGGCAGACUGCAGUCCUCCAGUAUCAACCCCUACCAUGGAUGUGGAUGCUCUGCAGAAACUUAUUCAUUUGCUCCAGGCCACAGAUGAUCCAUUAAUUCAAGAGCAAGCUUUAAUCACUCUCAGCAACAGUGCUGCCUUCUCUGUAAAUCAAGAUAUAAUCCGAAAUUUGGAUGGUCUUUCUGUUAUUGGAGGGAUGCUCUCCAACUGCACUCCCAAAGUUAAAGAAAAAGCACUAAAUGCACUUAAUAAUUUGAGUAUGAAUAUUAAAAAUCAGGAAGAGAUACAGGUAUUUAUUACACAAGUUUGUAGGACUGUUGAGUCAGCUCCUCUGAACUCUGAUGUGCAGCUAGCUGGACUCAGGCUGUUAACAAAUAUGUCUGUUACCAAUGACUAUCACCAAAAGAUGAUAAACUCAAUUCCAUGCUUUCUUCAUUUGCUUUCAGAAGGAACUGAAAGGACACAGAUUCAAGUUUUGAAAGUACUUGUGAACUUAUCUGCAAACCCAGCCAUGACAAGACAUCUUCUCAGAGCUCAAGUGCCAUCAUUGGUGUUACUUUUUGACAACUGUAUAAACAGAGAUAUUCUGGUUCGAGCCCUGGCAUUUGCAGCAAACUUGAAAAAGAACAUGAAUGAUGAUGAAGGCACCAUGAUUGAGGAAUACAGUGAAAACUCAAUUUUCUUCACAGUCUGCAGGGACUCUGCCCCAUUCACUCAGAGACUGGCAUCUUUGCUGCAUCACCCUGACACAGAAGUGAAAGAACAAGUUGUGAGAAUAUUAACACAAUAGUGUUCUUUUCUUAAAACAGACUGACCUUAUGAAAAUAUCUAAUCUUGGCAAUGCUACGCUAAAAAGCCUGCAACAAGUAAACAAUACAACAAUGAUGGAGGGGAAAAAAAAAACCUAAAUACUGUCAUUUUAAUAGGCACAUAUUAGUUACUACAAAAGAGAAUGCAGUGUACUUAAUACAGAGAGCAUAACAGAUAUUUUU